UAAUCCUACUGUAGACAAGGCCAUAAAUACUCUGAGGGGUAGAUAAAUUCAAGGUGGGAGCCUGCCACUACAUUCAUUGGCUCUCGGUGAAACUUCGAGGAGGACUUUGGAACUUUAAAGAGAAACCUAAUGUUUGUUCUCUUGUGGGAAAUUCCUAAAGCAGCUGCAGAAACCACCAGGGCCUGAAGAAGGAAACCGGCUUGCCACAGUUCAAGCAGCUGUGCGUCAUGAGCAACCAAGAGAAUGUGUCUGCUGUCACUGUCACUGUCCCGGGUAAUGUCCGUGCCAUCCAGCCUACAUAUGCUAUGGUCUCUGGAGGACAGGAACAGCCUUUGCAAAAGGCCACCAUGCACCCAACCUCAGCAACAGUGCUCCAGUGUAACCCAGGGAGUGCAAACUUCCAGAACCCACACGUUGUGAUCCAGAAUCCAGCCGGAAUAACAGGCCUGCAGGCUAGACCCACUGGACUACAGUAUCCAGCAGGAAUGGUUAGUGUGCAGACUGCACCAGGAGUAAUCCAAUACUCACCAGAAAUGACAAGUGUCCAGAUCCUACCUGGAGACCCUCAGAAUCCCCUGAACACUGUCCCUGGGCCAACACAGACCUCAAGCCAUCCCCAGUGGAACAUGUCCUUUAUGACCUUUCCUGAAUUUAAUCCCAAGAAAUUCAUAAACGAAGAGGUCAGAACGUUGGGGGCCAUCCAGAUCCUCAUUGGUCUAUUUCAUGUAUUCUCUGCAUUCAACCCUCACAUAUACUGGAGUUUUUCUGUGCUGGGGAAAUCAGGAUACCUGAUCUGGGGAGGCCUGUCUUUUAUCAUCUCUGGAUCUUUGUCAGUCUUGGCUGAAAAGGAUACCAACAGUUGCGUGGUGAACAGCAGCAUUGGCAUGAAUGUCGUCAGUUCCAUCUUCUCCUUGACGGGAAUCCUCGUUAUCAUCAUAGAUUUGUGUUUUCCCACCCCCGGUAUUAGUUUUCUGAUGGCAACCUCUGCUGUUCUCCUUCCCUUCGCCCUCCUGGAAUUCAUCCUCACCUGUGUGGUCUCACAUUUUGGAUGCCAGGCUGUUUGCUGGCCCCAUUUUGAGAACAUGACAGUGUUCCCAACCAUGUUUGGUGGCAACACAGUCAACGCAACCACUGGACCUGUCAGCACCACCAGCCCAAACAGUGCCACCAACAGCCCAGUCCAGCCCACCCUGCCCAGUGAUGUUCCCCCUGAACAGUUAUACCACGAUGUGGCUGAUCAUGCCCAGAAAUAGUUGACAGAAUCGCUGAUAGAAUGCUCAUUUCAAUGACAAGGAAGCCCUGCUACAACAGUAUCUUUGUUUCACCAUGAAACACCUGUGACCUUGACCUUGGCAUUGCCUCUAGGCCAAGAUGAACAUCCAUUUUUUGCACCUCUUCACUCAUAGGCUUCCCUUUGGUUUGUUAUUGAUUGUGCUUUUUCAAUUCAUAACGGUUUUUCCCUUUGACUCUUGGUAUCUUUUAACUUUUUAAGGAACUGUGUACAAUGUUGCGUCUUGUGUUCAGUUGCUUCUGUUGAAUGCUUAUUGUUGGAAGCCAAUUCUAAACUAAUAGGCCAACUGUGGGUUCAGCCUCUAAUUUCCCUCCCCCAACUCUAAUCCUGAAAGGUAAUUCCCCUUACCCAUGGAACAUGAGGAGAAGCACAAAAAGUAUGGGCUGCCUAACCCUGGUGUGUGUCCCCAGCACUUCUGGGUGUGUGUGAGUGGGACCCCAAAUGGACACCAGACAGCCUGCUGGAGCUGGAACAAACAAGCCACUCAAACCCAAGGAAAAGAGCUGUCUGAGUCGGGCAAUGGUAGAGAUGCAAACUUCACAGGGCAAAUAGGAAGGGACCUCUCAAGGGUGAGAGCAGGAUGAGAGCAACUCCAUUAAAUACCCGGGACACUAUGUAUUUCCCAGCAAAGUGUUACAAACAAUUGUAUGAGCAGAAUUGACAGAUUCGGCCAUAUCCAAAGAACAGGCAAAGACAAGGAUCAUUUAGCAAGAGGGAGAUCUGACCGUACUGGCCAAAUCACUGGCUCAUGGGCUACAUGAACCUGCAGAGGAUGUGGGAGGUAAGGCUGGGUACUGUGAACACUCCAACAUCUCCAGCUUCUCCUGUUCUCCUGUUGUUUGUUUUGUUGAAGUAAAGGUAAUUUUAGAGGACAAUAAAUCAAGACCUCAUGUUUCUUAG